AUGGCGUUCAAUGACUUCUCUAGCGAUCUUAUCGAUAGUGCAGCAUCGCUGCUGCUGGAUAUUACCGAUUAUCGAGUCGAAAGUAUAGGAGCGCAGGGGUUAGCUUCGUUGGAUUACCAAAGCGAUGUAACAAUAUCAGCUUUUGUGCCAAUUGUGAGUUUUUCGGCAUCCCGAAGGUUCCCAGAUGACUUGCGCCGUGAGAGUCUAUUUUUUUGCCCCUAG